AUGGGAAGCAUCAGAUCUUUCUUCCGGCGGCACCGAAAGGAGGGGAGAACCAGGAGAAAUCCCGAGCUGACAGCGCCGCCUGCGUCGCUCGUUGCCGAGCCACGGACGUCGCUGAGGCGGACGCCGCGGGAAGAGCUGCAGAUCGUCUUUGCCAAGUACGACUCCAAUGGCGACGGCAAGAUCUCGUCGUCCGAGCUGGCCGCCGUCUUGGAGAGCCUCGGGGGCCGUCCUCCGUCCGAGGAGGAGGUCUCGCGGAUGAUGGCCGAGGCCGACGGGGACGGCGACGGAUUCAUCAGCAUCAACGAAUUUGUGGAGCUCAACACCGCCAACGUUCGCCCCACUGACGCCCUCGAGGACCUCCGUGACGCAUUCUCCGUCUUCGAUCUCGACCGCGACGGUUCCAUUUCCGCCGACGAGCUCGCUCGCGUCCUCGGAAAGCUCGGCGAAUCCGCCUCCGUCGCUCAGUGCCGCCGCAUGAUCGACGGUGUCGACCGCGACGGCGACGGCCUGAUUAGCUUCGACGAGUUUAAGAUUAUGAUGACCUCGGGAUCUGUUUUUGGGGCUGCUGCGGCGGAAUGA